AUGGUCGUGCUUCCGAGGUUGGGACUGAAUUUCAGUCAUCUUCUUGUGGAUGUAACAAGCUCGGUGGGUCAUUAGAACAAUGUAGGCAAUCUUUUGUGGGAAACAGUUACUGGAUCAACAUGUUACGUGAGGAUGAACAACAGUUUGGGAAAGACAUUAGUUGGAUUCCUAGAAUGCAGCAUAUUCAUUGGAAUGGGGAGAUAGUGUCUCGAUGUGAUGUCCACGUAUCUGAUAGUCUAUGAGACUCCCACCUAUGGAGCACACCAUUUCUCAUUACGUCUUUGGAAUUCUUUGGACCAAGCAAACGCUCUGUUGAGAAAACCCAAGUGGGUUCAUGAACUAAACCAAAAGCAGCCACUUCUUGAUUUGGAUACAGUCAUUCUGGCAAUUAAUAGCGCCUCUGCCGCUGACAAAACUUUCGAAAGAUGCUUGGGUGCCAAGAAAUCUUUUGUUCGCUUUAACAUUAUUUACAUGUUCCUUGGCUUCAUAUGGAAACUAUUAUCUGUUCUUGUAGCUUCGUUAUCCACAUUAUUCUACGUCAUUCUUCAGUUUCUGUAUAAGCUUCUGAAUUAUGCAUCAGACUCUUGGACAUACAUUAUAUUAGUAAAGGUAUUCAGCAGUGCAAGGAUAAAUAUGAGGAUCCGUUUUUCUCAGAUCUUGUACUGGCCAAUUUUUCUUCAAGAUAAUGGCAUGAGGUCUCAAUCAAGUGUAGAAUAUGCAGAGAAAGCCGCAUUGUUUAAGCAUUCCAUGUGGUCAAGUUUAGCUGUUGAUGUACUUCUGGGGAACUUGAUUGGUUUGGCACUGUUGUAUCAUGCAGAAUCUGUUUGCAUGUUGGUUCUCAAAUUUGCCAGUGACGUUACCAAUGAAUUGUUGCGCUCUGGUUGUGUGUGGUUGAUGGGAGUCCCUGCAGGUUUUAAGUUAAACACGGAAUUAGCAGGAGUUCUUGGGAUGAUUUCUCUAACUGCUAUCCAGAUUUGGUCUACCAUUUGGAUCUUUUUGGGCUUUCACUUUCUUUAUGUCAUUAGAGGACUUGCCAUUUCUGGGAUCAUUUUUGGGUUGACUAUACCUGCUGCUUUGAUCAUAGACUUGAUUGCACUAGUAACAUUACAUGUGUCUACUCUCCAUUGGUUGAUAUCUCUUCUGUAUUCAACUCAGAUACAGGCAUUAGCAGCUUUGUGGCGCCUUUUCAGGGGUCGAAAGUGGAAUCCACUUCGUCAGAGAUUAGAUAGUUAUGACUACACGGUCAAGCAGCACAUCGUUGGAUCUCUUCUGUUCACACCGCUGUUGCUUCUAUUGCCCACAACUUCUGUUUUCUAUAUCUUCUUUACCAUUGUGAACACAACCAUCAGCUUAAUCUGUAUACUGAUUGAAGUCACUAUAUCCGUUAUUCAUGCUACUCCAUAUAUCAAAGUUUUUCUGUGGUUGGUCAGACCAAGAAGAUUCCCUUCUGGGAUAUGGUUUGAAAUCAAUUCUGUUUGGAGUCAGAGCCUUGAUUCUUGUGAGGAUAUGGAUUCACCGGCAGCAAAUAUGCUGAGAAAUAAAGACAUAACUGAAGUUAAACCUUCUGUUGUGGUUUCAGUUCUUCAUAGCAACUUCUUGACUGUAGGACAAAUAAUUUUGCCUCACUACACUAAGGUUCUUUCUGGGAAACCCCGAACCGUGCUUGCUUCUGCAGCAUAUGGAGUUCUCACUGGCAGAAGAAUUCCAUCUACAAUUGGAACUGAUCUCCCAACAUUUCCAUGGAUGAUAAUUCCGUGCAAACAGUUUUGGCGCCUCUGCUACGAGUCGAUUCUCAAAUGCUACAGAUCAUGACUAAUGACUUUUUCAAGUUCCUUAACCUAACUUGCAAUUCUUCUACUAUUCUUUGCCCAUUGGCUAUGCUUAAGACCUAUCAGGUUAUACACCUGAUCCAAUUUUGAAGGAAUGUAGGAUGCGUCUAAUGCAUAGAAUUAUAGAAGUCCCUUGAAUGUAGAACUUAUUCGAGAGUUUUGUGAUACAUGGUUUAAUGGAGUAGGGAUUUUAUAUUUUCUUAGUAAAUGAAAAUACAUUACUAUUUU